AUGAGUAUCCCAGCUCUUCUCGAUUACGUUCUGGAAGAGGUUUCCUUAGAUGGAGAAGACGGUACAACAAUUCACCAGUUAUUUGCAUAUGUUACCACCUUUUAUGCCAAAAAUACUCAGCCCAAAACCGACAUAUGUUCAUUGACGUCCGGUGGUGCGCCAGUUGAUGAUAUGCCAAGCCUUCAGAGGCCCGAUCCAGUCGGGGUUACAAUGUGGAAUUUACCUAACUUAGAAGAAGAAUUUCAGGAUUAUGUCUGGGAUCUUUUAAGAAUGGAGAAAGACUUUAUUAUUGGAAAGAAUAAUGAAGGCCGCAAUUUGACCUUGAAGGAUAUCGUAGAUGAUCUUAGGAAAGAUAAAAUCCCCAAGAAAAGUGGCGGAGAGUCAGACCUUGGAGACUCCACUUCAAAAGACCAAGAAAGGUGCGAGGUAGGCCAGGAGAAAUGGAGGGUUUAUGCUUCCGAAGAAAGACGUUGGCGAGCACUUACAGGACAUGGGGUGGAUCCUAAGAAGGUUCCAAAUGCAAUUUUCAAAUGCCUUGAGGUCAUCGGCAAGCAUCGUGAAAUGGGGAUUAUUCAACCGGAAUUGACCAGGGUGACCGGACAGGACAAGAAAUCUGUUCCUGUGCGAACUACGAUGCUCAAAAACCAAGGAUAUAUUGAGAAGAAGAGCGUUCUAGUAAAGAAUCUCAACACCAGCAAGCUCACCUUGGCACGGUUCGCAUUUCAACGGGAUAUAAGACGGAGUGUGCAGACUCCACCAGAAAAAGAUGCUAGAAAGAAAGGCAGGCGGCAGCUUGAUAGAGAAGACGAGGGCCCGAAUUUCGCUUGGACUGGGCCUACCAUCGACACUGAAAAGCUUAUCAAAGCUAUCCUCUUCGAGUUAAAACUGGCAAAAAAUAGAGUCUUAAUGCAUAGUGAUCUAAAAAGAAAAUUGGGCAUGGAUAAAUCUCGAUUUCAUUGGCGUUCAUUCUCAAGAAUCCUUCGAAAAUUGGAGUCAUUGGGCGUACUCAAGCGGAUCAGAGUCCCUCUCAAGCUCAACCGAAAGUACACAAAGAGGGAGGCAAACAGAGAGAUAGCGAUAUCAGAGCAAUGCCAUGCCCGAUGCGUAAGAUAUUUGCGUGAUAUGGAUGCUUGUGAUUGGCGCAAAGUUCUCACUGCUUUUUCAAAACGUGAAGUGAAUAUGGAAGAUGAAGAAGGGGAAGAAGGAGGAGGCGCGGCUGAGGCAUCCGAUGAUGAUAUCGCCAAGGAUAAAGAUGGCGAUGAGUUAGAUGCUGAUGCGGUGAAAGAGCUGGAGAACGUGGACGUUGAUGCGGUAGGGGAGAUCGAUAGGGAUACACCUCAGUGGCGGAUCGAUAAGCCCUUGACAAGCAUAAUCUUUGACAUAGUAGACAAAGCAGGAAAGGACGGGAUUACAAGCAUGGAUCUAAUGUCCAGAACCGUUGGACCUUUAUAUUAUCGUCCGAUGGACCAGAUUCUUCAUCGAAUGACCGAUUUCCCCAGGCAGUCACAGCCUCCUCAAUACAUGCACCUUGCUAUAAUUCGAGAAACUGGUAUUACUGGCCGAUCAACACACUAUAGAUACUUCAGCUAUCAAUGGCAUCAACAGCUAGUCUCCGAAGGGUUGGCAACUGAGCCUUAUGAGCCCACCCCCAAAAAGAAGGGGGUGAAACAGGGUUCUGUCGGAGCCUCUUUGCAGAAGGCAGAUGAAGUUGAUAUUGAGAGGGAUGACUUCGGGUUUCCUGUUCUAGAUACCUCUCGAUUUACAAAGAAGGAUGGGUCUGGAACUCUGAAGGAAAGCCAGUUACAAGGUAAAAAAAAGGAGAAUCUAAAAAUACUCACAUCGCAAUUCAAUAUCGUCAAUGAUAACAAGGGUGGUAGAAGUAUUGACUGGAAGAGUAGAGCAGGAAGGCCACGUAAAAAUGACAAGGGGGAGGAACCGUACCUAGAAACAAAACGGCGUACAGCCACUAAACGUGGGGGUACAUUCGCCAAAAGCAGGCUUGGUCAAGGAUCUUAUUCUGUCUCUAAUAGUGAACAUAUGGGACCAGAACUUGAGGAGCAACUGCCACUCGAAGCUAGCGAGAAAAGAAUAUUAGGUUCAACCGAAUUAGAGGGCACCGAAGGCCUAUCUAAUAUACAAGAACCACCAGUCCCCAAGCGUCGUGGACGUCCGCCGAAGAAACAAAAAACAGACAAUGGCGAACCAUCUGUAAAACGACGUUAUACAAAAAAAACUCAGAACACUGCUGCACCUGAUAUAGCCGGAAACCAAGGCCAGUCCGCACAAAUCACGCUUCUGGAUGAGCAACAUGCCGAUCAGUUAGUUCCCGCAGAUUAUAUACCUGUGAACACUUCCAAUGUGGCCGUGACAAAUAAGCGGAAGGCCCCAGUUAAACAAACACAAACCCGCAAAUCGAAACGUAUGAAACAAACAGUGCCUGAUGAAGGUAACACAACGCCUAAUGUUUGUGGGGGCGAUGUCGAGGUAGCUACAGUGCCAACAGAACCAGGCGCUGUCGCAAGUGCCGAACUCGAGAAUAAGCAGGUGAUGUCAAGUGAUUAUCAAGAAGACGCUCGCCUUGAGAAAUCUACGGAAAUUGCCAGAUUUGCUACAGAACCUCGCAAAAUUGUCGCAGUUAACGAUGAACGCGGUACAGAGAACAGUGGCAUAGAGAUAGUCACCUCUGAUGGCAUAGCUCGUGUUGGUUCCGCUCCUGGCAGCUCAGCUUCUGAAAAUUCUUCAAAGCCGGUUCACGUCAUCAACGGGGUGGCCGUUCAGGAAGAAAAGUUAGAUGUUGAGGGGAACGAAUCCUACGGCUCCAUUGGUGGUAUGCUAGCACUGGCUCGCCAACAAGUUGUUCUUGAUCUCAUAAAAGAACAUGGCGGAGUUUUCCCCGGAGGCAAUGAGCUUCGUUUCGCGUUUGAUAAGAAAUAUCGUCAGAAGAAUCCAAAAGCCGGACUUUGUGAUCGGCGUCUAAUCCGAGGCAUAGUUCAAUCGCUCCAGUACAAGAAAAAAAUCCAGGCGCUUACGUUUACCUUUACCAGUGGUAGUGGGAGUGCAAUCACGAAAAAGAUAUUAGUAGAUGCUAGUAUUAGCACUGACUCGCCAAAGGUUGAUGCCAUGGUUAGGGAAAUGAUGUCUGUGGAAGGAAACCUUUGGUUUCCACCUAACACAGACCUCCAACAGGAUAUCCAGGAUAGAUUCGCCAAACCACCACACUGGUCGUUACCCAAACCAAGGGAGGUCGAGGGUGUUGAAUUUGAGCGAAUACAUCCAAAUUCUGUCAUGCAGUUGAAGAUGAAGCGCGCCGCUAUGGCAGCUGAUCGCUUGGCCGCGAGGGCUGCAAGAAUAGCCACACCAACUAAACCCCGAGGCCGCCCGCGUAUAUACACCGAGACUCUCAUGCCGUCUACUUCAACAGGUAGACGUAAAAAAUUUACAGAUGAGCAAAAAGAGGAGGCCGCUCGCCGAAGAAAGGCCGAGAUUAAAGCCGAAAAGGUACUGCUGAAGUUAAACCAGCAAUACCGUAACGAACCAUUUGACCCUUACGACCCGCCGCCCACAGAAGAAAAUUUACCAAGGCGAGUUUGGUGGAAUGACUUUGUGGAAAGGGAUCUUAAUGAGCCAAGAGACGAAAGGAGAUUUUAUCAAGAAAUUGAGGAGGUCGAAAAGUGGGAAAAAAGGAUGGAUAAAGCUCCCCUAACUGAACCGAGUGAAAAAACUUUCAUUAUGAUAAAUCAUUUUGCACCUGAUACCCAAGUCGGAGAAAACUUUACACAAGUUCCUAUAUUAAAUAUGGACCAGCGCAUUAGGGCACCGGAUUUCUCUGAGACUCGAGUUAUUGGUCCCCGAAAGCCUGGGCCAAAACCUGGUAGUACUAGGAGGAAGCCAGCAUCAAAACCCACUCGGACAGUUGAUAUACUGAUGGGAGAAACACCGAAAAGAAAACGUAGAGCUCCAGGUUCAUUCGAAAAGAUUCCUUCUCGUCGUGAGCGUGCUAUGACUGCAAUUCGCAAAAACACACUCAGAGCAUCUGACACACUUCCCCUUGAAGAACUCCCUCCUCGCAGAUUUCAGUUUAGAAAUCAGUACAUAAUACCUAAAGAGGAUGAAGAUUCGCUACUCAUCGCUAUAAUAAUUGUCAGAACUAUCUUUGGGGGUUGGGAUCGUAAGAUCGACUGGAACCUUGUACAGACUGCCAUCCCUAAGCAUAAUUCGUUAACACUACAGAAACGGUGGCCACGUGUGCGCGAGAUUCAUAAGACACACAUGAAGAAACUUCAAGCGGAAUUCGAGCAGAUGUUUCUUGAAGCCUACGAAAAGGGUGAAUUGCCGGCUUUCAACCCUGCAGAUUCGUCAACUUUUGACUUGCCAUUUGUCGUUACAUGGUUCCGUGAGAAUUUGGAACUUCCAGAGAGUCAAUCGGUACCCGAACUUCCCAUAACGCGCGAGGCUUUCGAUAAAAUUUAUGAACUACGUGCCGAUGGACCUUCAACUUGGAGGAAUGAGUUCCACAGCCCUGUUCUUACAAUGGGGAAUAGAGGAAAUCAUUUUGUAUGCCAUCCUUAUGAGAUACCUUUACAUGAAAGAGAGCGCCCCGCCGAGGAUGAAGAAACCCUAGAAUAUAUCAAGUCAGUAAUUAAGGCCAACAUUAUCACUGAUGCCUCUGAGUAUAAUCCCAAGAAAGCAUUUGAGAUCCUGCACUCGUAUCCGGAGCGCCUUGUGGAUGAGGCAUUUUACACGCUCAUAAUCAGUAAAACAAUUGCGCAUAAGAAAGAUAAAACACGGUUCACACCAGGACGGAACUACGAGUUUACUGACAAGUUCCAUCACUCACUUCGCACACCAAUGGACGAAGGUCUUUUUGCCCAAGCCGUAUCUUAUGAGACAUACAUUCGUGAAAAUUUCAAGAGAUACAAAGCAAUUGAAGUUUCACCAUUGACAAAUGAUGGUUCAAUGGCUUGUUUGUUUGAUAUGAUGGCUUCGAGGCGGAUAAUUCUGUGUAAAAGCGGAUAUUUCGCCGAUAAGCUUGGCUUGAUCGAUGGGUAUAAAACGCGAGGAAUGGACAAAGAUAUCGUCAAUUUCAAGGUCCAGAUUAAACCAGGACCACGAUAUGAAUCCAAAUCAAGAACCCUCCCGGCGCCUCCAUUUCCAAGAGGAAACCCAGAAAGUAGGACUGAGCCCAUCCGCCUGUGGGUGGAUAUCAACGGGAAACUCAUCACGGGCAUGUGGCUUAAAGUCACAACUGCAGUUCUCGCAUUGAUCACUAGCCGGCCGGGAAUUCACAUGAAAGAAAUCAUGAGAGUUUUGUGGCCCGGAUUGACCUUAGUUGAGGUUGAAGAGAUUGUAAAUUGGCUAGCUUCCCGGGGCUCUGUCAAGUACAGCAAUGAGGGUGACGACGAUACCAAAACAGGAUGUUGGCCUAAUGAGGGCUAUUUCCUCGCUCUACAGUCUUAA